AUGACUCGGAUACUACUUCCCCUCGCGCUCCUCGCCGCUCUGUCUCCACUUGUAAACGCCGGCGUCAAGUUCACAUCACCGAGCGCGGGUGACAAACUCACGGCUGGCACAGCCGUUACCGUGAAAUGGGAAGAGGGCGGCUCUGGACCUGCGCUGACAGAUCUGACGACUUAUCAGCUGCAGCUGAUUGUAGGAGGAAAUGAAGGCUCUGAGCAGUUCGUAGUGGGUACCAUUACACCCAGCGGUGCAUUCACAGCUGGCAACACAGCUUCGGGUAGGAUCGAAGUAGGCAUGUCUGAGGACUUGAAGACCGCCAAUGCCUACUUCAUCAAGAUGAUCGCAGUCGGAAAGACUGGUGGUCAGCUCGUCACCUACUCUGACCGCUUCCAGUUCUCUGGCUUCACAGGCAAAAACAUCCUCAACCCUACUGUCAAGAAGGCUGCGGAGGACAUCUCCACCACCGCUGGACCAGCAACCGAAGACACAACGACUGAUGGAACCGACCCCGCUGCAGCGGACCCUGCUGAGGGCGACUACGGUGUGACUUACACAAUGCAAACGGGCCCUACGCGUUAUGCGCCCAUGCAGCCUGUACCGCCUACAAAGAUUACCGCCAAGAACACGAAGCCGCUGUAUCCUACCAGCAGCGUCAAGAUUGCAAAGUCGAAGCUGCCAAUACCGACCAUCCAGACUACGCUCACGCAGAGUCAAACAUUCUCUGUUAAGAGCAUGGAGAACACGGUCGCCGCGGCUCCUCACGCUACCGACGAUAUGGCCAAGUACCUCAGACGCUGGCAGGACUAG